GUGGAGGGAAUGGCUCGCCGACGUUAAGUUUAAAAUAAGACAGAAGACCUGGCAGUGAGCGCAACAACGGGUGAUCAUCCUUUUUUUGUUCUUCUCACACGUCUGCUAGUUUCUCUUGAAAGUUUUAUUUAAAGGUAGGUCUGAAAUGUAGAUUUAAAACUGAAAUGUAGAUUUAAAACUGAAAUGUAGAUUUAAAACUGAAAUGUAGAUUUAAAACUGAAAUGUAGAUUUAAAACUGAAAUGUAGAUUUAAAACUGAAAUGUAGCUUUAUGACAGAAAUAUAGAUAUAUAGCUAAAACGUAGAUUUAUAACUCAAAUGUAGAUUUAUAACUAAAAUAUAGAUUUCUAACUGACAUGUACAUUUCUAACUGACAUGUAUAGCUUUAUAACUGACAAGUCGUAGAUUUAUAACUGAAAUAUAGAUUUAUAGCUAAAACGUAGAUUUAUAACUCAAAUGUAGAUUUCUAACUGACAUGUAGAUUUAUAACUGACAUGUAGCUUUAUAACUGACAUGUAGAUUUAUAACUGAAAGGUAGAUUUAGACCAUGGUCGUGCGUAAUGUCAUGUGAUUGAAUUAAGAAAAUAAUUUCAAGAGUAAUCAUAUUUUGUAGAGUUAGUCUUAGUUUAAUCAGAAAAAAAAUAUAUCAUGACACCAAUGUGCCAAACAUCUCUCCCCAACAGGGGCGUAGGAAGGGGGCAGUCCACCUUUUUCCAAGUUCUUUUUCCCUCUUCAUUUAGGGGUGGGUGGAAUUUUUCCCCGAAAAAAAGCAAACAUAAUUUAAACUUACCAUCAAAAUUCUACUCAUUAUGAAGAUAUUGGCCCGAUUCUAUACAGUAGGCCUAUAUUAUGUAUUUUAUUCUGACCCAUUUAAAUUGAAAUAUAUGGUCGAACAAAGGAGCGAAGUAGAAAAAGGAAAGCCGUCAACUAGGACAGGCCUGCAUAAUAUACGGCCCGCCAUCACCCUCUUUGCGGCCCACGAAGAAACGAAAUAUGUUUCUUUAUUAUUAUUUUCUUAAUAUCUUUUAGCCUGUCCUAUUACAGCCCACACAAGUUUUAACCUAAAGUAUAUUACGGCACCGCUUACAUUUUGAGUUGUUCAGGCAAUACGACUUAAAUAGCAAACUCAGUGCCGGUCUAUGUGACGUCAUUACUGGCCUUUGUGAAAGCUGGAAUAAUCUAGGUCCACUCUAGACUUAGAGUUCCUCCAUAAGACCUAGUAUAAGACCUAGUAUAAGAGCUAGCAUAAGACCAAUUAUAAUAUCUAGUAUAAGACCUAGUGUAAGUCCUAGUAUAAGAGCUAGUAUAAGACCUAGUAUAAGAUCUAGUAUAAGACAGACUGUCUCCUUCCGUAUGAUUGGCUUCUUAUCCAAACAAAGCCUGCACAUUAAAAUAUCAAUCAGAAAAGGAACAUGACAUGACAUGACAGUACAUUUUAGCGUCAUAAAAAUAUGAUUUGAAAUAAGGCUGCUAUAAAUUAAAUACUGACUCCACAUGACAGUCAACAUAUUUUAAAGAAAUAAACGCCGUGAGUCAAUAAUGUGUUGUAAUAUACUCUCUGACCCUUUACAAUGAUACGCAGCGGGAUUCAGAGUCCAACUGCAUACUUCGAUACCUGACUCUGGCUCAUUACACAUGCCUCUAGUUCAGUUAUCUUUACGAUUGUUAAUGUUAUUUUUUGACAAGGUCAAGAUGAGGCUUUUGCUUGUCUUCUUGCUUGUCCCCAUGGUCCUUGCUGGGGACUUUGCCAAGUUGUGGACGGAGGUGGAGGACAAACUCAGGGAGAAAGGUCUGGGAGUGGACACACGAGAUGACACUAAGGGUGUUAAGAGCAAGGCAUGGGGUAGACAGGGAAUAGAGCUUUGGGAGAAAGAGAAAUCUAAAGGUUGGGGAGAUGAAAAAUCUAAAGUUUGGGGAGAUGACACAUCUAAAGUUUGGGGAGAUGACACAUCUAAAGUUUGGGGAGAUGAAAAAUCUAAAGGUUGGGGAGAUGACACAUCUAAAGUUUGGGGAGAUGACAAAUCUAAAGGUUGGGGAGAUAACAAAUCUAAAGGUUGGGGGGAUGACAAAUCUAAAGGUUUGGGGAAUGACAAAUCUAAAGGUUGGGGAGAUGACAAAUCCAAAGGUUGGGGAGAUGACAAAUCUAAAGGUUGGGGAGAUGACAAAUCUAAAGGUUGGGGAGAUGAGAAAUCUAAAGAUUGGGGAGAUGACAAAUCCAAAGGUUGGGAAGAUAACAAAUCUAAAGGUUGGGGAGAUGACAAAUCCAAAAGUUGGGGAGAUGAGAAAUCUAAAGGUUGGGGAGAUGAGAAAUCUAAAGGUUGGGGAGAUGACAAAUCUAAAGGUUGGGGAGAUGACAAAUCCAAAGGCUGGGGAGAUGACAAAUCCAAAGGUUGGGGAGAUGACAAAUCUAAUGGUUGGGGAGAUGACAAAUCUAAAGGUUGGGGAGAUGAAAAAACCAAAGGUUGGGGAGAUGACAAGUCUAACGACAGAGAGAACAAGCCCAAGAAUGAUCAAGAUGAAGGUUUAGGUUUUGAACAAGUAAGUUUUUAUUUCAAAUUUUCAUAACUGUUAAACUUACAAAACAAAAAUUGUUUCGGGAUUAUAUAGCCGUGAAGAGUGUUGUUGUCGUCAAUCUUGGUAUUAUUGUGACUGAUGGACAUUUCACAUAACCCAUGUUAAGUUGCCCUGUCUAUUAAUGACAUUGAUGAAACUGUCCUAGAACAUAAGUAUGCUUUUCAAGUCCAACCGCGAAUACAGUAAUUUCAAAACUGAAAGGAAAGACACAUGUUAAGUGAAGGAAGAAUUGCGUGACUAACUAAGAUGGUGAGGUCCGAGCUUCAGGUCACGUAUUUAUUGGGGCUUCCAUUAGAGAGUGCAUUAGAGGCCCAAAGAAAACCAGGCCCAAUAAUUCGGACGACAUUAAAAAAAAAUUUCUUUCCACUGAACUUUAGUUUAUGGCAUGAAGAAUACAUUGAGUAAUAUGCUUGACCUAGGAUCAUCCCAAAGCUUAUCAUAGGCACUAGUUGAUACUCAAAGCGAUGUGUCUCCAAAUGCGUCAUUUAAAAUAUGGUGACUCAUGACGAUAGAUUGCAUUCAUUGUGGUCAGCGCGGAUGUGUGUAGACCUUGUCAAGAAACUGCGAACACUCAGGUAACAACGUCUCAAUAAGAACAUUCGAUGAACUUUGCUUGACGUCAUUGACUCUUUAAAAAAAUAAAUAUUUAAAGUUAAUUCCGUCCUCCCUUCAAAUGUGUUCACAACUUCAUUUCCAAACAUCUUCAUUUCCAAACAUCCUCUUUUCUUAAGUCCUGAACUUCAUUUCCAAAUCUCCUCUUUUCUUAGGUUCCCGAACUUCAUUUCCAAACCUCCUCUUUUCUUAAGUCUGGAACUUCAUUUUCAAACCUCCUCUUUUCUUAAGUCCCGAACUUCAUUUCCAAACCUCCUCUUUUCUUUAGUCCCAAACUUCAUUUCGAAACAUCCUCAUUUUUUAAAAUCCCAACUUUCUUUCGAAACAUCCUUAUUUCUUAAAUCCAUAACUUUAUUUCGAAAUAUCCUUAUUUCUUAAAUCCAGAACUUUAUUUCCACACAUCCUUAUUUCUUAAAUCCACAAAUUCAUUUCCACACAUCCAAUUUCUUAUAUCCACAACUUCAUUUUCACACAUCCUUAUUUCUUAAAUCCACAACUUCAUUUCCAAAUAUCCUUAUUUCUUAAAUCCACAACUUCAUUUCCAAAUAUCCUUUUUUCUUAAAUCCACAACUUUAUUUCCACACAUCCAAUUUCUUAUAUCCACAACUUCAUUUUCACACAUCCUUAUUUCUUAAAUUCACAACUUCAUUUCCACACAUCCUUAUUUCUUAAAUCCACAACUUCAUUUCAAAAUAUCCUUAUUUCUUAAAUCCAUAACGUCAUCUUCCUCACCUCCUUCCAAACCUACCUAAAAACCUCCCUCCAAAUCACCCUUAAGCACUUCCCUCCUAACCUCCAUCCAAUUCCCCUAAGCAAUUCCCUCCUAACCCCCUCCAAGCCUCCACACUUUGAUUCCUCCAUUCUCCCAUGCCCCAUCUGCGCAUCCACAUACAUCCACACAUCAAUGCGCCCACAGAAGAAAGCCUUGUUUGGCCAGUUCCGGGAAUGGCUUCAAACUCAGGACAGACACGACGCUGCCCAGGAGGAGUACGCUGCCCAGGAGGAGGACCAGCAGUUCAUGGCCAGGAACGUUCAGAAGUUCAAGGACUACCUGAAAAGGAAGGUGAGGAUUAUCUCCAAAAUAAAGGUCAGGAUUAUAUUCAAACUCCACCAUUAAGAUGAUGAUGAUUAUCUCAAAAUUAAGAUGAUGAUUAUUUCAAAAUGAAGGUGAGAAUUAUCUCAAUAUGAAAUUGAUGAUUAUUUAAAAAUAACGGUGAUGUUUAUCUUAAAAUAAAAUUAAGGAAUGUCUCAAAGUAACGGUGCGGGUUAUCUUACAAUUAAGGUGAUUAUUAUCUCACAAUAAAGGUGAUUAUUAUCUCACAAUAAAGGUGAUUAUUAUCUCACAAUAACGGUGAUUAUUAUCUCCCAAUAAUGGUGAUUAUUAUCUCACAAUAAAGGUGAUUAUUAUCUCACAAUAAAGGUGAUUAUUAUCUCACAAUAAAGGUGAUUAUUAUCUCACAAUAACGGUGAUUAUUAUCUCACAAUAAUGGUGAUUAUUAUCUCACAAUAAAGGUGAUUAUUAUCUCACAAUAAAGGUGAUUAUUAUCUAACAAUGACGGUGAUUAUUAUCUCACAAAUGGUGUUUUUAUCCCAAAAUAAAGGUGAUAUUGGUCAAUUAAAAAGAAAUUGAAUCUGAUAAAUGAUGAAGUAUAGAAUGAUUGUUCUAAAAACAUGUUCGCAUUGAUUCAGUUAUGUACAACACUUGAUAAAUUCAGACUGAUGGCAGUGUACACACAAAAUGAUGACUGUGUACGUUCGAAAAGAUAAUUGUGCACCCACAGACCGAUUAAAGUGUACACACAAAAAAGCUUAAUGUGUACACAUAAGCUGAUGGUCGUGUUCACGCUGAACGAAUACCAUGUACACACACGCAAAUGACUUUCAUAUAAGUACUCUUCGCCUGAGUUUAGAUUUAAUCCUAGUGUGUGACUAAUCUCUCAUCCGUUUAGUUCUACGACCUCAACUUUGAAGGCCAAAGACUGUGGAAAAACUAUGACUUUUGGUUUCAUCCCAGUGUUCAGGUCUCAGGUUCAUGGGGGUUUCAGGGUUUAUCAGAAAAAAGGGAGAUCAUUAGGAUAAUGAGCAGAAGAGGAGUUUCCCCUAAAGGUGCUCCUGUUUUAAGGAGGACGCGUAUCUAUCAUUGCACUAACGCAUCAACUUAAGGCAAACUCCCAUGUGAUUUUUCAAACAAACUUCUUUUUAAGAAGCAUUCUUGAAUGAUGUUACUGCCAACAAUAUCUAAACUCUACAUUGUUAUAACACAUAAUGCUGUAUUAUAAUACUAUUAAAUUAAAAAAAAAAAAAUUGAAGGCGGGACACCCAAAAAACACCCCCCCCCCCCCCCCUUGGACACAUAGUACGUCCAGGGCACCUCUACCCCCUCACCUAUGAUUCCGCCGCUGUACGCCUAGCCAGAUGGGUAAUUAGCAGUAUGGAUAUUUACACAUCCCGAUCAAGUGAUGGUUAUAAUUCUGGGACUUCAAUGAUGUCUGGCAAAGACCCGUCAAGAGAUGCAGGCAAGCUUCAGACGUGUAGAGAGUGGUGGGGGGAGGGGGGUGCCGCUCAUACUGUAUCAACGAGCCAUCCUUGUGGAUAGGUCACCAUGCUCGGCGUACACGGAUGUCAUAGGAGAGGGGGGUUUCAAGCUGUCUCAAGGAGCGAUACCUGUGCAUUUGUCUCUGGUCAUCUUACAUGGGUUUGGAAAGGUUCUCGCACUGUCUCAGUAGGCAUCCUUAUUUGAAUACUCGUAGGCAUGCAUGUUGGUGAUAGAGCGGGGAGGAGAGUUCUCACACUGUCUUCGAGUACUCCUUGUGUUUAAGUCCUGCUGAGCGUAAAGUGCUCUAAUAGGCUUCGGGGUGGGUUCUCAAUAGGUCUUCGGGUCAUCCUUAACUCUUGCUCAACCUGAUUUGCGAGAAACAAAUUAUCUAUGAUAAAACAAAUAAGCAUUUAGUUGUGGGUUAAAAAUAUAAAAGUUUCUCCAAAUAUUCAACCGCAAAAUAGUUAGAUUAAUCUAUAUAUUUUUAUUAUUGACUUUUAAACUAUGAACAGUGUCUAGAAUUGACUAUGUGUUUAGGAGUUCCAAGAAAGCCAGGAGAGGGAAGCCAAACAAGCCAUCUACAAACAGAUGGAGAAGAUCCACAUCAAGAAACUCUUGACGGAGAAACUGACCGACCUGUCUCACGAGUACAACGAGCAGAAGCUUGACUUCAUCUUCUCCAUCACUGGACAUUUCCUCCAGUUCUGCAAGUGUGACAGCUCCAGGGACGUUCUGGAAAGGUGAGAGGUGGUCUCCCCGUUUUCAUUGGUUGCGUCGUCGCUUUUCUAACGUAUGAAUAUAUAUAUAUGUUACAGUAUUAACUCGAUUUAAUAAUUUAUCAUUGACGCAUAUAGUUCUUAUAAGUGUAUGUUGUUGUUUUUUUUAAAAUUGAAUCAAAUUAAAAUGAUAAUCUUAAUCUCCUGACGUGAUUAAUUACGUCAAUGAAAAUAGUGCUACAACUAAUUUUUUUAUAGACAAUAUGAAAUCAAAACAUGUUUUGGAGCGGUCUUUUGAGUAUAUUAAAUUUUAAUAACAAAUCCGAAAAAUAAGUUUGUUAAGACAAAUGUCUAGGUUAAAUACCGUGUGCAGACAGACGUCUAGAUCAACAGCAACAAAAAUCUUGUAAUUUUCCUAUCUGUGACAUUGACAAUGUUGACCCAUUUAUGUUAGGGUCGAGGCCGGUACAUUCGGAAGUCCGAACUGUGGCAGUGACGCAGGCGGGCAAGUGGUGCCGGAUAAAUUCGAUAUUGACAGACUCAACUUCUCUAUGCCCAACUCGUCGUUGUCCGAGUACAUGAACGAUCCAGCCAAGAAAAAGGUACAGUCUCAGCUUUAGAGUUUGCUAUACACGACCUUUCUAUUCAAUACCUUUCUAUACAAGACUUUUCUAUUCAAAACCAUUCUAUUCAAAACCUUUCUAUACAAGACCUUCCUAUUCAAGACCUUUCUUUUCAAGACCUUUCUAUUCAAUACCUUUCUAUACAAGACUUUUCUAUUCAAAACCUUUCUAUUCAAAACCUUUCUAUACAAGACCUUCCUAUACAAGACCUUUCUUUUCAAGACCUUUCUAUUCAAUACAUUUCUAUUCAAGACCUUUCUAUUCAAGACCUUUCUAUUUAAAACAUUUCUAUAAUACAAGACUUUUCUAUUUCAAGUCUUUUAUUCAAGACUUUUCUAUACAUGACUCAUUUAUUCAAGAUCUUUCGAUACAUGAUUUACCAAUGUUGACAGAUUGUCUCUAAAAGAAGAUUAUGCUAUGCUCACGACACCUUAGACAAGA